UACCGGUGACACGUUCGCGAUCAAGCAUUUCGUCGUUCAUCGCUUGAGGACGCAUCGGCACUGACCGGCCCGUUAAGAUAAGCCAACAUGCAGCCCGCACGAGUUUUCAGCGCGCUCGCAGCUAUCCUCACCUUUCAAGCUCUCGUCGUUUAUGCGAAAAGGCCGGAAUACAUAACCGACGAGAUCAUGGACAUGAUUUCCAACGACAAAAACAGAUGUAUGGCGGAAUACGGCACUACUGAAGCAUUGAUCGAUCAAGUUAACGAUGGCCACAUACCGAACGACCGAGCAAUCACCUGCUACAUGUACUGCAUGUUUGAAUCCUUCAGUUUGGUCGACGAGGACGGCGAAAUUGAAAUUGAGAUGUUGGUCGGUUUCAUCCCGGAGGAGUUCCAGGAGAUAGCGGCCGAGUUAAUCGAAGCCUGCGCUACUUUGCCUGGCGAGGACGUCUGCGACAAGAUGUACAAAAGAUCUUCGUGCGUGCAAGCGAAACGCCCAGACCUUUGGUUUAUGGUCUAACGACUGCGCGUGACACCGUCCCGAAAUACGUGCGCUAUCCCACAAAAGAGGAAGUAAUCAUCGGCAAAACGGACGUAAACGCGAAUCAAGCGGACAAUCGAAAUCCAAUCGCCCUUGCGAGAUUCAACUUCGAAAUUUAAAGUGACGCAUUCUUUCGUUCUAUAAAUGAAAGAAUAGUUUUUAUCUCAGCAUUGACUUAUUCGAGACGAUGUACGAUUACAAAAUCAUUGAGAUCAACGCUCUUGGUGUCAUUUAUCAUUCUCACGACCAUGUUCGAAUAAAAAAUAUAUUCCAACCU